AUGAUCUCGAAUAAAACAUCAGCAACAAUAUCAAAUGAAACAAAUAUUGAACCGCCAGCUGUUGAUGGAUAUGUAUCAUCACCUGAUGUUACAUUAAUACCUGAUGAUAAUAAAUCUUUAGGUAAUGUUCAAUUUCAACAUUUUGUUGAAAUAAAAAAUCAUAUUUGUGGUGAUAUUAAAUACAUUUUAAAACAAACUGAAUUUGCAUCGAAACUUGUUGAAUUAGCAUUUGAUGAAACAGUUAGUGUACAAAAUUUCUUAGUUGAAACAACAUCAACAUUUAAUAAAGUAAAAGAAUCUAUAAAUGAUUUAUUAAUAUUAUGUAACAAAACACUUGAAAACAUCCCCUCUACACCAACAACUGUUGAUAAAAUACAAUCAACUGAAAAACCUAUUUCUCGUGAUCCAUCUAUCAUAAAAGUUUUUGAUGAAAACGAACUGCGUUAUUUAGUCAAUCAAGGUCCAUAUCAGCCUCUGUUACCACAAUAUCCAGUUAAUAAACAACUAAAAAAGAAAAAUGAUACUUGCUAUUUUGUUCCUCAGUGGUACAAAGAAUUUCCUUUAAUUGAAUAUAGUCCGAUAACUGAUUCAAUUUACUGUUUUUGUUGUCGCUUGUUUGGACGUGGGCCUGGUGGUGUACAAUCAGAAAAUAUUUGGGUUUCAAGUGGCAUGAAAAUGUGGAAUAAAACGGCGGUACCACCAGCAUUAAAUGAUCUUCAAGAAUUUCUAUCAUUAUCAAGCUUCACACAUCAAUCACAAGAACAUCUACACAGUAAUUUCUUGGAUCAACUAGUCAACAUUCUUUCUAGUAAAAUGGAAAAGAUUAUUGAAGAAACAACAAGUCGUCUAAUAAAAUCUCUCCAGCAAAGAAUCAAGAAGAUCGAAAAGACCGUUGCAGCAGUGGAAAAUAUCAUUAGCGACGACGAUAUGGAUAUCGACUCGUUUUGUGAUUCGGAGAGCGACGAUGAUAUUAAAGUAUUAAAUAACAAAAAGGUUAAACAACAACAAAAACAAUCUUCAGUUACGAUAAAACCCACAAAGGUCAAAAACAUCCCAUCAUCCACAUUAACUACAACAACAACAAAUCCACCAGCUAUUACUACCGAUAUCUUAAUUAAAGCCCAACGUAAACCAAAAACAACAUCAAAAACAGUCAAGCGAAAUCGUUCACCCAACAGCUCGUUAGAUUCCACUACAACUGAUAACAAAGAAUUAAAAUCAAAUAUUAAUGAAGAUUAG